CGGUCGGAGAGCAGAGGCACGUCCUCCACUUAUCUGUUGCGGGGCUUCGGGGAAAGUAAGAGAGAGAGAGCGAAAUCGAGGGCGAGACCAGAAGAACCCGGCGAUGGCGGCGGCGAUGGCGAAGGUGCUCCGUGGGGGCCGUUCCGGCUCCUCCUCCCAGCCUCUGAUCCCGGCGAUCUGCCGCCGCAGGCUGCAGGAGAGCGUCGUCCCGCUCCUUCCGCAUCCGGGGUCGUCUCCGGCGACCUCCGCUGCGGGCAUGAGUCGUCUGAUGCACACGGGCCCCUGGUGUAAUUCCAUGCUUUCAAGAGGAACUGGGAGCAAGUUGGCAGAGCAAAAGGCUUUGCUCUUGGGGACACGUGGAGUUCUCUCUCAAGAACAUAAGCUAAUGAGGAUGGAACAGUUCAGUGGCAAGAGGUUCAUGAGCGAUGGGCCUUUCGGUUCUGGACCCCAAAACCUGCCAUGGGCUGCUCUAGCCCUUGCUUCUGUCAUAUCACUGGCGGUUUCGCUUCCACCCAUCCUACGCACCUUCUCGAGGUGUAUCAACAGGGAGUAGUUGUGACUGUCCCAUUGAUAAUAAAUGUGGACAUAUGGUGGCCAUCACGAUGCUGCUUUACUUAUUUAUUCUGUAUGAUGUGCGUUGGCUUGCCGUGUCAAGUUGAAAAGUCUGACUGUUUUACUUAUUAUUAUGUAUGUGGCACAUUUCAGGUCUAUGUAUUAGUUUGCACAAUGUGUCAGGACCUGUUUAAGUAUGAUGUUUUAGUUGUAUGCUCCGUUUGUAAUAUAUCUGCUAUCCCUUUAUGUAUUAUCCCCAACUGUUGGGUAUUGGUCU